GUAGCUUUAUGAUUAUGACAUAGAUGUUCUGAAGUUUAUUUUAUUUUAUCAUUAAACUGUAAAUUUGUUCAAGGAAUGUGUUUCAUCUUUUUUGAAAUUUCCACCUGUAGCAGGAUGAUGAGUCCAGUCAACUCAGAGGAAUUAAACAAAAGGUGCGAUCUUGUCGGACUCGAGAACUUGGAUUAAACUCAGACCGAAGAAGUUAUAGGAGGGAGAGGAGCACUGAUCGAACAGUUAAUGACUCGGCUGGUGAGAGGAAAAACCGCGAGAUGCGAGCGCUUCCUCUGACCAUGAUCAUGGGAACUAUGCGCUCCUCGCCGUGUGCGUAAGCUGCUGUGGAGGAUCCACACAUUAUGAGACGCCAUGGCAUGGUGUGACCGAGGAGUUCAGACUUUGCUGGCCAUCGUGGGGGCCUUUGCCGCCUUCAGUCUCAUGACCAUCGCCAUCGGCACCGACUACUGGCUUUACUCCCGGGCGUACAUCUGCAACACCACUAAUGCCACCACGGAUGAGACCCAGAUGCAAACCAAGAAAGUCAAAGGCGACCUGACGCACUCUGGACUGUGGAGGAUCUGUUGUAUCGAAGGUAUCAACAAAGGAAGCUGUUUUCGGAUCAAUCAUUUUCCAGAAGAUAACGACUAUGAUACAGACAGCUCAGAGUACAUCUUACGUAUAGUGCGUGCAUCGAGCCUAUUUCCCAUUCUCAGCACCAUUCUGCUCAUGUUGGGUGGCCUGUGUAUCGGUGUUGGACGCAUCUACAGCCACAAGAACAACAUCCUGCUCAGUGCUGGCAUCCUGUUUGUGGCUGCAGGCCUGAGCAACAUCAUCGGCAUCAUCGUCUACAUCUCCAGUAAUGCUGGAGAUCCCAGUGACAAGAAAGACGAAGACAAGAAGAACCAGUACAACUACGGGUGGUCCUUUUACUUCGGGGCCCUCUCCUUCAUCGUGGCAGAAUCAGUGGGUGUUCUUGCAGUCAAUAUCUAUAUCGAGAAAAAUAAAGAGACACGAUUCCGAGCCCAGCGUGAUUUCAUCAAAACCACCUCCUCUUCUUCGCCAUACUCUCGCAUUCCAAGUUACCGCUACAGACGAAGGCGCUCACGCUCCAGUUCGAGGUCGUCUGACCCAUCCCGUGAGCCCUCCCCAGUGGGGAUGAAGAUCAGUGGAGGAAAUUGCAGAGGAGGAGGAGGGUUGGGGAUGGGUUUGCCGAUGGGGGAUAUAUCUCUGUACGCCCUCAGUAGAGACCCUCUGAAGGGUGGAAGUGGGACUGCAGGGCCCUACAGCCCAGAGAGAGACUCUGGGUUUUUACAAGUUCACAACUGCUUCCAGAAAGAUCUGAAAGAUGGAGUGAACAGGAGGACCACGCCAGUAUGAGACCAGGAGUUUAUUUCUGUGUGAAACAAUAAGCUUGAUGGAACAUAUUAGAUAUUGUGCAGUUGAUGACAAAGGAUAAAUCCUCCCUGGGGCUGUUCAGGCAGCAGCGAUGUUGAAAGGUCAGAGCUGAAAAUUGUUUUCCUUGCGUCCUUCUGUGACAGAAAAAGUGCCCAUCUGUAUUUCAAUUAGAGGAAGAGGAAAAGUGAUAUCAAAACACCUUUUUAUGAUAUGACUCAGUGUCUUCUUUAAAAAGUGGAUGCAGACUGACUGCAGAUUUUGUAGCAAUAUUUCAAGACUUCAUCUUUAAAAUGUGAUACCUACUAUGUGUGUGUUUAUUCUACUCUUACAGAAAGGCUGAGAAAUGUUGUAAUUGUUCCGGUUUAAAUUUUUUUAAAGGACAGUCAAAAGAAUUAUUCUUUUAUAGACUUCAUGCUCAAUAUA